AUGCCCGUUCCCGUAGGAUCGAUGCCGCAAGGCGCACACGGCCGGGGCCCUUCAACUCUCGACAAAUUGAAGAUGGGUGGCAUGAUGGGCGGAGCUGUCGGUUUGAUCAUUGGCUUCAUCUUCGGCUUCACCAACAUUGUUCGCUUCGGACCAGGACCUAACGGAAUGCUACGAACACUGGGACAGUAUAUGAUGGGAUCAGCAGCCACCUUUGGCUUCUUCAUGGCCAUUGGCACCACAAUUCGAACCGAUAGCUCGCCCAUCAUCACCGAAGCCUUCAACAAAAUCAACAGGCGGCCGAUUGCUCUGCAGCGGCAGUUUCCGCGAUCCACACGCGACCAGUAG